GUCGGUUGGGGUUCGGGGAGACCGCACGGUUUUGGAAUUCGGAUCGUUCUCCGAGGACUUCUCGGGCGCCGCUGGGGUCCCAAACCCGUGCGGUGAGGGUUUUUUGGAUUUCGAGGUCACCGCCCGGUCUGUCACCGCACCGUCUUGGGACCCCCAAGGGUCCGAGGACUUGGAGGCUGCGCCUGGAGAGAGGAGCUUGCGGGCGAAAGUUGGCCGUCGCGGUUUCGUCAAGGCACCCGGGGCAGGGGUCCGUAGCCAUGUGGGCUCAACAAUUUCAGGUUGCGGCUUCUUUGGACCGCGUAGUUCACAGGUGUAGCUAGGCAGCGCGUGCACGGUGCAAUGGGCGGAACCAGCAGCAGCAGCAGCAAGGGCGGCAGCAACAAGUGGGACAGCAGUGAGGGCGACAGAAAGAAGGACGACGACCUGAUGGUGGCGCGACAGCUCAUCGAAAUCCCUGACACCGAAGUGAUAGUGUUGAACGCAGCAGGAAGCGAAGGAGGCGUGAUGAAGAGCGGCCGUCUACAACUGAUGUCGCUCCAGCCCAAGAGCAAGAAAGACCGCCCUGGCAGGUACCGCAUAACAAAGGCUGCUCAAUUAUGCUCAGAGAGAAGGCACAACCCUUCCAAGGUAAUCGGUGAAUUGCUAAUUGGCACGUGCAUCAAUGUGUUGGAAGUAGCCAUCGAAAAAGAAGACAUGCGAGUGCGUGGGCGUGUCGAAGACCCCGCGGGGUGGAUCUCACUGCAGAGGAUACGUCCAUGGACCGAGGUAGCAGGGCCAGAUGGCCGAGAGGAUAGAUGGGCGGAGAAGUUGAAUGUUGCAGUGAUCUAUGUUGGCACCGCAGAAUUCCGGAUGGAUUCAGACUCGGAUGACAGCACGGGUUUCUAUUACCCCUUGGUCCCUGAGACACCCCUCGUCUUCGCCUACGAAGCUCGCCUCAUUUCCGUAAGCGCAAAUGAUGGAGAUACCUUCACGGUCCGAUUGCCGAAGGAACUUCCCGAAGCCAAGUUGUGGGAGCUCAUUAACACACUACCGAAUUAUUGCAAUUUCAGGUUGGAGAAAAAGAAGGAUGCGGCCGACCACGUAUCCGAAGCCACAAACGCGAUAGCAGGUGGCAUUGAUAAGGCGGCUGCUGGUUUGGCGGGCAUGAUGCAGAGGCGAGGCGCCGCGGCAAGAAAAAAUAUGAAGAAACAGGAGGACUUGCAGAUCGGUCUGGGCACGAAGCUGCUGGUGGGCACCUUACGGACAGGCACGAGAGCUACGGCGACUGUCACGAAUGCGGCGGUGGAUGCCUUGAUGGGGACAGCAAUGGCCGCAGGUAAAGAAGCCGGGCGACGUGCCGGCAUGGAUGAGCAAAGAGGGGCCCCAGGCCCUGGCAGGGCCGCCCUCGGUGGCAGCUUGCAGGUCUUCGACGCUCUCGUACGGGCCGGGGAGAUGCUGGCCGGUACUGCCACAGACGAGGUGGCAGGGGUUGUGGCGCACCGUUACGGGGGCGAAGCAGGCGAGGUGGCCAGGGGAGCUAUGGAGGCCGGCACCAAGGCUGUCGAGGUUGCAGCAAUGGCGAAAGGCGACAAGGCGUUGACAAAGGUCACGGGGAGGCUUGCCGCAAAGUCGGCGACCUACAAGUUGGCGGCGAGAGCAAUCAAACCCAUGGCGCAGGGUUUUGCAGAGGGCGCUAGGGAAUCUGCUGCUAGAUCUUCUGGAGCUCGCAUGUGAGGCGCCGUUUUCCCCAACCUCUGCCAGGUGUCGUCUUCUCUUUUUCAGGUGCAUCUUACGAUCACUGGUGCCAUCUCUCUCCCGAUACGGCGGCUACAUUGUCAAGCCGACAUCACGUCGAAGUUCCCUUGCCGGAGCAGCGGUGCGGCCCACCGCGCAGGGUCACGGCAGCCGCAGUCUGCACGACUGUCCCGGGGAGGGGCCAGGAGAUGCCCGCGCCGCGGCAGCCUCCUGGUGGUCGGUGAACGCUCCCGCUCGGUGUGCUGAGCCGAGCAAAUCGACCUCUGUCUCGUUUGGGCCCCCGUCCGAGACAACAUAAACCAGCGUGUUUCGCGCUCGGCACCCGCGCCGCCUGCGUGCCGCAGCGGUGGCCAGCUCAGCGUGCAUGCGCACAUGGGCGGCCGCUAGAUGAUCGAACGGACCUGCCCCUCAGGUGAAGUUCGCUCCUCCCCUAUCUCCU